CCAAAAUCAGAGCAGGUCCAGAUAUUCCGCCUUUUGGGUUCUUCUGACAAGCCGCCUCCUUUUUGCAAACGAUGUUUUAAAAUUCUGCCCUACUUUGUCUGGUGCUGAUGUCACCAUGGACAGACACAAAAAUCAUUUAGGGAGUUGGUUGACAGAAGGUGCUUGAAAAUAUUAUAUAUGCCUACUUUCUAAUAUUGCCAUUCCUAGUUAGCAGUUAUGGACUGUGCGAUUUGGGACAGUGAUGGCUGUGCUACGUCUGUUUCAAGUGACUUGCCAGAUAUAGUUUCCUCUGAUGAGGAUUUGAAACCAUGGCUUCCUCCAAUUGAUCCACCACAGCUAAGCUAUGAAGUGUUGAUUCCUAAGAGAUGGUGUUACCUGAGGAUGUCUGUAUUGAAGAGGUACUGUCACAUUGUGAAAGUUCAGCUCCUGGGCCCAAUUCUUUUUGGUAGGCCUUACCUGGAUGAACGCUACAGGAACUGGGCUGCUGAAGCAGAGCUCGUCCAAUAUGAGCAUUGUGACGAACUGCAGGAUCUUGAUCUCAAAACACUGAAGGUGAUCGAUCUUUUGGAAUCCGUGCACAGGGCUCUGCUUGUUUAUGCUUUGAAGCGACCACUGUUGAUCCAAUUUGUUCGUGUUGUUGGUGAAAACCUUGUUCAGUGUUCCACUUUGGAAGAAGCAAUACAAGUGGUAAAGCAACAAAUGAUUUUUCGGGAUGCCUGGAAAACGUUGACUUUUGGGAAUAAAAUGCAAAUAGCGACCAUCCUCGCUCUUACUGGUCUUCAUUAUUUCAGUCUUAUAAAGCAAUAUUCUAUAGAUCAUAAUGAUCUGUUUGAACAAUUUGAAGAUCAGUGCUUUCAGGAAGAGGAGAGAGCAAAAAUAUUUCACGAACAUUGGGAAUCAGAGAUGAAAAAGCAACAUUAUGAUGCAGCAGUGAAGUCUUUGAAUGAAGCAAUAAGAGUAUGUGCAUUUAAUCAUUUGCUGUAUGAGAAGAGAUCUUAUUGCUAUUUCCAGCUGUGUCAGUACAAAAAAGCAUGGAGUGAUGCCAAAAGGUGUAUUGUCCUGAGGCCUCAUUCCAUUGAGGGCCAUUAUCUGUUUGCAGGAGCACUCUGUGGGAAAGGCUGGUUUACUCGUGCUUUGAAGGCUAAUUCUUUGGCAAUUCAAGUAUGUCAGUGGAAAGGGUUGAAUGUGAAGGGUUUGAUAGAACAGCGAGAACUGAUCCAGACUGAGCAAAUUCUUUCAUCAAAAGAAAAAGCAGAUGGGAACUGGGAGAAAGAUGACAUCAGUUUGAAAGAACGAAGCUGUGAUUCUGAGAGCUCUGCAGUUGAAGAGGAUGAUGAGGAAGAUGAUGUCUCUAGUGAGGAUGAUGAUGUGAUCCCUGCAGUAGAAUCUGUGGAUGUCUGGGUAAAAAAUACCAAAGAUAAUAUAUACUCUGAUCGGGAGCAAAAUCAGCAAACUCUACAAUUGGAUAUUCCUUUCUUGUCAAUCAACUUCAAAGCUAGCAGCUCUGAGUCUGAAAGUGAUAGUGUUGACAAGAUAAACCAAGGACAGGAAUCGAAGGUGUCAUCAGAAAGUGAUAACUCUGGUUCAGAGUUAACCUACAGUUUGAAACACAACCAAAACGAUGUUGGAAAUCCAUGUAAUUCUUUGGAACCUGACAACCUAGAAAAAACUGUAGAUGUAUUUGUUACCAAAGUUCCAUCCUCUCCCUCUGCGGAUCCUGGGCAAAUGACUUUCUUAUCUUCUACGGAUCCUGUUAAAGAUGCACCUAAAACUCCACCACCAAUGGAUCCUAGAAGGGAUAUGUUCUCACCCUCUGUACCCUCAGUAGUGCAGCCAUCAUCUUAUGAAAGUGAUCUAAUGCCUGAGGAAAUGGAUGAAGCAAGCAGUGAGAGCAAGCAGAAUAUGUUGUCCCAUGCAAAGGAAGUGCAGCGGCAAGAGCAAAACACGUUCGAAGUGAAUUCAGAGAUGGAAGAAAGAUUGCUAAAAUGCAAACUUAAAGAAGCCUCCGAGGCAUUGAUGGCAUCUAAUUUUAGAAAUGCCCAGGAGAACUAUUUGAAUGCCCUUAGACUCAUUAAAGAAAAAAAAGUGUACAACUUGACUACAAUGGAGUACAUUCUUAUCGAGUAUGCCUGUGGAUUGUCAUUUCUCGGAAACAAUUUAAUUCAGGAUAUUUUGGAGGCUAAGCAACACUUUAUGAAAAUUCUUGAGUUCAAGGAGGAAGAUUCUAGUCAGUUCAACUGCCUCUCAUAUUAUGGUCUCAGCCGAGUCUACCUCAAAUGGAAUAGAUAUAAAGAAGCGAGGACAACUUUAGAGAAGUCUCUAACACUGGUUGAGAGUAAUUUAGUCCCAGGACUUCGGACUUGGCCAGGCACAGAUACAGUAAUUGAAGAAACGAGGGAUGGAGUACUGAAAGAGCUGUUGAAGUCCCUUCUUAAAGAGUGCUUGUGCCCCCCACGGCCCGAUGCUGUCUGCCAUUAUCAGUUCUGUUAUACCCACAGCAGCAAACGUGACAUUUAUAGAUCCGAUCCUGACUUUAAGGGGUUUGUUCGAGUGCACUGCAGCUACAAUUGCCGUAUUGAGUACCAUUUGUACUGCUGGAAACGCUGCAAAAUUAAAGAGCUCCAAGAUAAAGUAGAAAAAGAAAUUUUGGGUUUAGACUGUCUUACCCCAGACUGUGUUGGGUCCAUCUGGAAAGUGGACAUUUUUCAGGACUCGCGGCAAAAGACAAUUGAAUGUUCAAAGUCAAAAGAAAAUAAAGUUAGCCAAAAUCCAGAAACUAAGCCGUCUGCUAGCAGUUUUAACUUGAAGAAAAUUGCCAGAAAAAAAGAAAGGAAGCAUCAAAAUCCAGGAAAACUAUUGUCUAAUAUCCACCAGGAACAAACUGAUAUUUCAAACAAAAAACCUGACCAGAGUGAUGUGAAGGAUGAAACAGUUGGAUCAAGAAAGAAGGAAGGGAAAACGAAGAAUAUAGAACUUUCAAAUGAGUGGAUGAAGAAUGAUAAAUGCAGAUUUUUGGAAGAGUCAGCAUCUAAACUGAAUGAAAGCAGUUAUGUGGAUUCUGAAAUGACAGAUUAUUAUCAAUGGGCACCAAAAGAAGAAAAGGUGCAAAACUCAAACACCAAUACAUAUUUAGAUAAUGUUCUUCAAGAUAAGAUUUACUCGAUAAAUUUGGAGUCAUAUUCCAAUAAAAAGAAUAAACGCAAGACUAAAGCAUAUGGGACAUCGCAACAUAAAGAUGAGGAACAUGGUACACAAUCUGCCUUGUUAGCAGAGGAACAAGGAAGCUCAGAUGAUUCUUAUUUUAAGUUACAGUCCUUAAAAAUCAGCAGUGGACCAGAUGCACACAGUGUUGUCAGUAAGAAUAUAAAGAGUAGCAAUGCCGCAGUGCUCACUGAUCCUAUAAAACCUUUUGAAAGCAAAGAGAGAACCUUUUUGAAUCUUUACCAUGAGAACAUUCACCUUUUACAGAACUAUGAGAAGUCACAAAAAUUGUACGUUCAACUUUGUACUGACACUCAAAAUGAAAUCAAAACCUUCAAAGAAAGGCAUGAACAGCUUAUGUUCAAUGAGAAGAAACUGAGGGAUGAACUCAAAUCGGUAAAGGUACAGUUGGAGACUGAAAAAGAGAAACUUCAUGAUCAAAGAAAAUAUCAAUCGCAGGAACUCAGUGCACGACAGGAAGAACUUAAAUCUAUGAAGAUUAAUUUAGAAAGGUCCAAAAAAGCUAUUCAUGAAAAUGAUACUGAGGUUCAGAAAAUAAAAGAAGAAAGGGAAAAAUGGAUCAGUGACAGGAAGAAAUUGCAGAAAAAUUGUCGCAAGAUGAAGGAAAAUUGUAGAGAGUCAGCAAACAGACUGCUUUCUGUUGAGACUCAAAUUCAAGAAUGGAAGAAAUACACAAGGUUAUAUUUUCUUAAUCACCUGCUUCAGGAGGCUGUUGAAAAUGUGAAGUUUUACACUGCACAGAAGAAUCGGAAUGUUGAUUCUCCAGACGUCCUUGCUACUUGUGACAUGUGGGAAAAAAGAAUAAAAGGAAUUCAAGAACAAAUUACCCUCGUCAAUACUGCCUCUUGGCCCCAGGAUAUGGGAAUAUAUAAUGAUGCAUUUUCCACAAGUUCUUGUAAUUUGAUGCCAUCUCAGUACAAAUUUGAACAUCAAAAGUAUUCUGCAAAUCAACAAAGACUUUCACCAUCUCCUGUAACAAUUGAAAUGGGUCAGCGUGUUGCAUUUGCUGGAAACUCUGAUUCUGCUGAAGGUGCCUGGUUUUCACCAGGAUCCAGGAAUAUAGGACUUGAUGCAAAAACAUCACUGAGAACAGAAAAAGACACCUACAUGUCAGCUGCUUGGCCACCCAGUUACUCAACACUACCAACCAUGCAGCCUAAUUCAGGCCUUGAUCAAUUGGAUCAUAGCCAACCUGACCUUGAACUAGAGUUUAGAAUGUUGGCUGGUCAAAAAAGGUCAUUUCCUCUUCAGCUUGCCAGUGGUGGUUUGGAAAUGCCAGAGGCUUUAACUGAAGGAAAAUCAUUAAGAAUCCCAGAUGUUUCACUCACUACGUUACGAACUUCACAUACUUUGGAGAAUUGUCAAAACCACUUAUUUGAGCCUUCUGGUUCAACAACCAAAUCCUUUAACAAGCCCUUCAAUAAUUUACUGUCUGCAUGUGCAAUUGCCAAGAGCAAUAAAGACUUCCAGGCUUUACAGACCCAAAGGCCACUUAUUGGAACAUCCACUGCCAGCAGUUCACGACUCGACGGUGGGUUAUCUAUACUUGCAGAACCAAGAUCAUCCUAUCAUGCAGUAAUGGAACAACUUUUCCUCAAAUUCCCUACAACAAGCACAGAUGUAUUUCAUUUACUUAUUAAUAAAGUGAAAGAGGAAAAUGGUGGUACUCUGUCAGGCUUAUCUAUCAUUGACCUGGUCAGACGAGUCUCUCACCAUGUUGUCCAGGGCACCCACCUAGAAAUGACAUAUCCUCCUCCUUCAGAACUUUUUUUAUUUGGCUCCACAAACUAUGAAAACUCUUUCUUCCCCAGCCAUCCUACACUGCAGCCUGAUCUGUCACCAGCAACACCGGAUAGAUUCAGUGGCCUCAUGUCUACAAGUGCAGAUCCUUUAUGUUUUGAAUCAUUACCACUUGGAGAUUUACUGGAGCUGGAAGGCAGUUUUGAUGGCUUGUAGAGUUUGAAGAAACAUUAUCAAUUAAAUUUGGACAUAAGGUUCAUUACAGAGUUAUAUGUUUGCUGUUGAAAUUCCCAUGCGAUUAAAAAAAAAUCUGCAUUGUUUCUAUCAUAUCUGUGUUCUCCAUUAUAGGCACAGAUAAUGAUAAAAUGAUUGGUUAAAACUUGUACAUCGAUCCCCUGUAAAACAUAGUACUGUUUUCUUAUGAACUGCAAUUACAAUGCAUGUUUAACUUAAGUAUUUUAAUAAAGUGAUGAAACCA